AUGUCUCAACAAUAUCCGCAGGAGAACGGAGUUCCACAAGGUUCCGUCUUGUCCGUGACGUUGUUUCUCGUGGCCAUGCAGCCGAUCUACCGUGUGCUGCCAGACGGAGUUCAAAUUCUUUUGUACGCGGACGACAUCCUUCUCGUAGUACGAAGGUCAAAGGGGGAAGGUUGGCACCGGAAACUGCAUGCGGCAGUCAAGGCAGUGGAUAAGUGGACGAAGAGUGUUGGAUUCACCAUAUCAGCGACGAAAUCGCAAACAUUCUAUUGUAGUCCAAAUGCACGUCGUGAGCCGACACAGAGCAUCACCAUAGACCGAUCCCCCAUCCCGAAGACCAAUCGCCUAAGGAUUCUAGGUAUCACUCUCGAUCGAACACUUACGUUCAAACCGCACUGUAAGAUGGCCAAGAAAGCUUGCGAAUCGCGACUAAGGAUCCUGCAGAUGAUCGGAGCGAAACUUCCGCGUGGCAAUCGCACGACUCUUCUGCAGGUAGGCUCGGCUUUAAUCACCGCUAAGCUGACAUAUGGAAUAGGAUUAGUUAGCCGAGGAGGUCCGGAAACCCUGCAAAGUCUCGCUCCUGCAUAUAACACAAUGGUCCGCCACGCUUCCGGAGCAUUCGUAACUAGCCCGAUUAACUCGGUCAUGGCUGAAGCUGGCAAUCUACCGUUCGAACUAUUGGCCGUUCAGUCUAUUGCACGGACGGCCAUUCGGAUGUUAGCUAAAAGUCGACACAACAGCAUCCUUCCGCUGGUUCAUCGAGCUUCCGACCGUGUACGCGAAGUAACGGGUACAGCGCUCCCCGCUGUUGGCCAGCUCAUAAGGCAGAGCAAUCGUGUUUGGCACGCACGUAAACCGUCGAUAGUAUGGGAUGUAAAGAACAGUGUCCGAGCCGGCGACCCAUCAGACAGAGUUCGUCCAGUCGUCCAACAGCUACUUUCAACCGAAUUUCACAGAUCGCCAGUAAUUUACACAGAUGGCUCCAAGCAUGAUGACAAGGUAGGGUCCGCCUUCCACUCCCAUGGCCUAGUCGGAAAGUUUAGUCUCCCAAAAGAAUGCAGCGUCUUCUCGGCUGAGGCGUAUGCCAUCAAGAAGGCAGUAACUAUGCGAAAUAUCAAUGACGACUUGGUGAUACUAACGGACUCUGCAAGCUGCUUGUUGGCGUUAGAAUCGGGAGCAUCGAAACAUCCGUGGAUCCAGGAAAUAGAACAAACAGCACAAAACAAACCUGUCCGUUUCUGCUGGAUCCCCGGGCACACUGGUGUGAACGGAAAUACUGUGGCUGAUCAACUAGCGAACGAGGCCAGGGAACAGCCUGUCAUUGACACGCCUAUCCCUGGAGAAGAUGCGUUACGAAUGGUAAAACAGGCGAUACGACUCCGGUGGGACCGUCAGUGGUAUGAGUGUAGAGACGCGAAGCUGAGGGAGAUAAAAUAUGAUACGAAUAGGUGGGCAGACCAGGGUAGCGUAGCCGACCAGCGUGCCCUAAAACGGUUGAGGAUUGAUCACACGCGGCUGGCCCACACUUUCCUGCUGAAAAAGGAUCAUCCGCCCACCUAUGAUUGCUGUGGAACCGUAAACGACGUGCGUCACCUUAUUUUGCAUUGUCGGAAGUAUGAGAAAGAACGACAGGAGAACGACAUCAGCACUAUUAGUCUGAAAGAUGGCCUGAGUAAUGAUGGAGGAAGAACAAAGAAACUUAUGGUGUUCUUGCACCAAACGCGAUUAUACGAGCAACUCUGA